UUCAGCUUCCGUAGGCAGUGGGUCCAAAGUGCCGGUCAAAAUGGAAGUGAAUCCCCCCAAACAGGAGCACCUGCUGGCCCUGAAAGGUCCUGUUUCCCUCUGAUUUGGAAAGAGAGAGAGUCUUGUAAUUAUAAAUUGCAUUCUAGCUCUGAGGAGCUCAGCUAAGAAAUAUUCUCUUCAUUAAGAGUAACUGGAUUACUGCAGAAUGACUACGGAAGUAAUAUUACAUUAUCGACCAUAUGAGAGUGAAACCACACAACUGCCAAAAAUUGCAGAGAAAGUAAUUCAAGACUUUCCUACACGUCCACUAUCAAGAUUUAUUCCUUGGUUUCCGCAUGAUGGGUCCAGACUUCCACUCAAACCUAAAAGAUUACCACCUGUGAUUUCUGAAGAGGCAACUGAAGAUGUGAGACAGUACUUAACCAUCUCAGAACAUGAUAUUAAAUUGCAGAGUUAUGAUUGCACAGUAGAUCUACUGGAGUUUCAACCUAAUUUGAAAAAAAAGAAGCACUUAAUCCAAUCACACACACUGAAUGAACAGACUAAUUCUGGAAGUCUGGAUAAACAAUCAGAAAAAGGAAAACGGCACAAGAAGAGGUCUUGGAGUGUUUCACUUCCCAGCAGUAAUUGUACUGAAAAUAUUUUUCCUUUGUCUGAAAAAUUGCAAGAUAGUUUAAAGGCACUAAAUUUGCACUCAUUUUAUAGAGCAAGAUGGACAAUAGAGCACACUAUUUGUAACAACCAAACUCUGGAAGACAUUUGGGCAAAACUCAAUCGAAUUAUCAGGUGCAAUGAACUUCCAUCUUGUAAUGCUACAAUUCAGAGACAUUUAGGCCAGAUAUGGGUGUUCUGUGAUGUUAUGUACUGUGAAUAUGUGGGAAAUCUUCUUAAAGGAAGAUUAGCUCUUACUGGGAAGAUUAACUUAUUUGUGCAUAAAUAUGGUGUUAUUUUUAGUAUGUAA